AUGCCACGCGCGUCCGAUAUACUCUCACACGGUAUCCCGUAUGAGGCGAACAACCGUGCCGUACCCGACAAAAUUGACUGGCGUGAAUCUGGUUAUGUGACGGGGGUGAAAGAUCAGGGAAACUGUGGUUCCUGUUGGGCAUUCUCAACAACCGGUACUAUGGAGGGACAAUAUAUGAAAAACGAAAAAACUAGUAUUUCAUUCUCUGAGCAACAACUGGUCGAUUGUAGCGGUCCUUGGGGAAAUAAUGGUUGCAGUGGUGGAUUGAUGGAAAAUGCUUACCAAUAUUUAAAACAAUUUGGAUUGGAAACCGAAUCCUCUUAUCCGUACACGGCUGUGGAAGGUCAGUGUCGAUACAAUAGGCAGUUGGGAGUUGCCAAAGUGACUGGCUACUAUACUGUGCAUUCUGGCAGUGAGGCAGAAUUGAAAAAUCUAGUCGGUUCCGAAGGACCUGCCGCGAUCGCUGUGGAUGUGGAAUCUGACUUCAUGAUGUACAGGAGUGUUAACGGUCGAGAGGAUGUCGGAUACAAUGGUGAUGAUCAUGAUGAUCAUGAUGAUCAUGAUGGCGAAUGCGCUGAUGGCAAAUAUGAUGAGCAUUAUUCCGAUAAGGAUGCAGACGAAGAUGAUGAUGAUGAAGACGAUUCGGCAGAUGAUGUUCAUGAUGGUUACACUGAUGAUGAUUUGCAUCAUGAAGAUGAUGAUGGUGAUGAUGAUAAUGAUGAUUCUGAAUUUGGCGAUGACAAAACAGAUGUUGAUGUUGACGACGAAGAUGAAGAUGAUGAUGACAAGGAUGAUGAUGAUGAUGAUGAUGAUGAUGAUGAUGAUGAUGAUGAUGAUGAUGAUGAUUACGAUGACGGUGAUGAUGAUGAUGAUGAUGAUGAUGAUGAUGAUGAUGAUGAUGAUGAUGAUGAUGAUGAUGAUGAUGAUGAUGAUGAUGAUGAUGAUGAUGAUGAUGAUGAUGAUGAUGAUGAUGAUGAUGAUGAUGAUGGUGAUGAUGUUGAUGUUGAGGGCAAUUGUGAAGGAAGAGAUGAUGUGCUUAAUAAUAUUAUAUAUGAUGACGAAUUUCGUAUUGAAGAAAUAUUUGACGCCGAUUUUGAUGUUGAUGAUGAUAAAGAGGAUGGUGAUGUUGAAGAUGAUGAUGAUGUGGUUGUUGUUGAUGAUGAUUAUGAUGGUGAAGAAGUUGAUGAUGAAGAUAAUGAAUAA